AUGAGGAGGAAGGAAACGAAAGUAACCGUGCACCCCCGCGCGCCAUGUAACCCCGCCCCGCUGGCGGCGAGCUCGAGACCCCAGCCGGCUGCGGAGGAGAGCGAGGCCCGAUGGGGCUGGGGCUGCCCCGUGCAGCAGCGCCCUGAGGAGGUGGCCCGCUCUCGCGCGUCCGUCCCCCGGCGCCUUGAGCGGCCGCCCCGCAUCGCCCAACCUGGGCCUGCCGGGGGCGUGAGCGCGCCCAAGACGCCGCGGGAGAUGGAGCUGGCUGAGGAGGAGGAGAGGCCGCCGCCCGCAGUCGAGGAGGAGGACGAGGAGGAGGUGGCAGCGGAGGCGGCGGCGGCUGCGAUGGUAGUCCCGGGCAGUGGCUGCAAGGAGCAGGAGUUGAGCUGCGAGCUGCAGCAGGGCUACCGCAUCCUGGGCGAGUUCCUGCAGGAGAAGCACUGCGGCCUCACAGCCCGCUUCCUGCAGCCUUUGGGGGGCGUUGCCGCAGGAGAGGAGGGAGGAGGUGGCGGCGUCGGGGGCUGGAGCAGCCGCUCCCUCCCGCAGCAUCCCGGGCAGGGCCUGUGUCUGCUGAAGAUGGAGAAGUUCAGCAGCGGCCAGUACGGGGGGGGGGGGGGGGGGGGGGGGGCGGGGGGCAUCACUGAGUUCGUGGCGGACUUCAGGUCGAUGCUGGAAACGCGCUACCGCCUGCACGGAGUGGACCACUGGGUCUCCAGGCAGGGCCAGAAGCUGGAGAUGAUGCUGGAGCAGAAGUUGGCAUUACUCUCUCAGCACUUGAGAGAAAAGACAACAAUAGCAGUUACAUCUAGAGGCUAUUAUGGAUUGGAGGAUGAGAAGGGAACUGCAUGUACUUCAACAAGGAGUUGGUCAACACCACAAAGUUUGGCGGGCUUGACAAGUGGAGUUUUUGAAUCUAUAAUGGUUCAAGUUUUGAGACAGGAAGAACAGCUGAGAGCAAAAGAAGAAAAAAGGCUUCGGGAGCAGGAGAGAAAAGAAGCAGAAGAAGCUAGUCAAAAGGAAAUAGAAGAAUGGGAAAGAAGACUUCUAGCUCAAGCAGCUCCAAAAUGUGUGGAAACCAUGUGGGAAAUUCCAGCUAUUGGGCAUUUCCUUUGCUUAGCCCAGCAAAUUCUAAACUUGCCAGAAAUAGUCUUCUACGAAUUGGAACGUUGUCUUCUGAUGCCUCAGUGUAAUGCUUUUACUUCUCUAUUAAGUCCUCCUCAUCGCAGAACUACCUUACAUCGAAGACCUACUUUGCCUUAUAGGACCUGGGAGGCAGCACUGAGACAGAAAGUACACCAGUGGUACACUGCUGUAGGGCAGACUGAAAAUCCCAAUAACUGUCCUGAGAAACUUGGGUCGUGUCCUCAGUUUUUUAAAGUUCUUGGAGAAGUUAAUCCAUUGGAAGAAAAACCUUUUCACGAACUACCUUUCCACCAAAAAGUGUGGUUGCUUAAGGGUCUUUGUGACUUUGUGUAUGAAACACAAAAAGAAGUUCAAGAUGCUGUACUUGGACAGCCUAUUCAUGAAUGCAGGGAAGUUAUACUUGGUUAUGAUUAUUUGGAGAAUGCUUAUGUACAUUUCCCACAGUUCUGUGGUGCAGAGGUACGGAUUUACAAGCAGAGACCUUUUCAGGCCCCAGAAUUUCCAAUUCCACCCAUUAAAAUACAAAGAGUACCUCGGAUUAAACUGGAGAAAUUGAAGUGUGACUAUUUUAGUACAAGUAAUGGAGAACAUAGGUGUGGUAGAGAAGGCCUGCCCUCUGCCUUCAAAAAAGAGAAAGAAUUUAAUUUGGAUCCAACUUGCUGCCUAGCUAAAAUGAACUUGGAUAAUCAUGACAUCUCUGUUGAAAUGGAAGUGAAAUCCAACUGUGAAAUUAGAAUUCACAGACCCUGCGAAAUUAAGAAAACUGAUUGUUGUAAAGAAAAUUUAGAGAAACCAGGAAGUCCAGGUGAAGUUACUGACUUUGGAGAGCCUCUUAGUCCAGGUGAAAUAAGAUUUAUAGAAAAUCACGAAAGAUGUGGUGAAGCUUCUAGAGCAGCCAUGGUAAAGCCUAACCACAGUCCAUUAAAAGAAAAUGCUCUGAAAUCUUGCCAAAUACAUGUAAAUGGAAGUCACAAUGAUCACGCAGAAAUUAGCUGCCCCAAAGUUGUAAGGGAUAUUUCAUUAGAGCAGUCAUUGCAGAGCCACAAGAGACUCAAGCUAACUAAAAUGAGGGUAAAAAAGAAGAAAAAGAAAAAAAAGAAAUUAAAAGAUGCUUUGAAUGAAAACUUACAGAGAAAGCGUGAAUGUCUUCAUUCUCUUGCAUUCAAGUCUUACAAACCUGAGAUCCAGAAUAAGUUAUUGAUCAUCAAAAAGAAGGCAAAACACAAGAAGCACAAAUCUGGAAAAAAAUUCAUAUCUAAAAAAGCAAUCACAAUGAAGAGGAAAACUAUCACAAAGUUACCUACUGUACCAGAAUUUCAGCUUAUUUGCACUAAUCUUGAUGAACUCGGGGCCUUAAUCACAAAAAUCGAGAAUGAACUCAAAGAUCUGGAAAACAGUAGAAAAAAAUCGGGUAAAUGGUAUCAUCGGAGGCAAGCUGUAAAAGAAUUGCAUAGUACAUUGAUACAUCUUUUAAAUGAACUGCUGCCAUGGGAACCAAAAUUAAUGAAAGCUUUUCAAAGAAACAGGUAACUCAAGUUUUAUAAUUUGUUUUAUUUAUUUUAGGGCUCUGAAUUUAGGACUUAUGAGAAGAUGUCCUGGAAUAUUUAGUAGUUUUUAUUGAUUUAUAAUUUAGCAGCUAUUUUGAGUGUCUCCUAUGUACAAGAUACUUCCCAAGCCCUGAAAAAAUAAUGUUAACAAAACCCUUUCUCUGUGCCUUACAUUCUUUUUCUUUAUUGUGGUAAAAUGCACAAAAUUUACCAUCUUAACCAGGAUUAAGUGUGCAGUUCAGUG